AUGGAACGUCGGCUCCGGAACACAUCAUGCGAUGCCGGCAAUGGGGCUGUCGGCGAUGUAAUCCUUCGCUAUCUGAGGCUCCACUAUGUGACGGCCUGCUUCUAUCCCACCGGAUCAAUUGUCUUCGGACCUUGCCGGUCCUCCGCCGCUGGUUCAUAUGUAAUCCCCUCAAAUCCCCCCUCGCUCCUCGUUCAUUCAGCAGCAAAUCCUCAAGUCUUCAAACCGACCAUCUCAAAACAUCCCACAUCUCACAAAAUGCGUGUCGCUACUCUCGUCCUCGUCGCCUUCUCGGCCGUGGCUCUCGCCCUACCUACCACCAACAACGUCGAGCGUGCCGCUGCUGACGCCAACGUCCGUCAGAUGGACGAGCUGACCGUUGCCGCCAUCAGCAAGUAA